AUGUCGCUCCCGCCGACGCGUCUCUUCACACCGAGUUGUCCAAAGACAAGCCCACCCAGUAAUCGACCUACCCUACCUACUCUCCAGACCAGAGACGCGUUUCUCGCCACGGAUGCUCUGAUCAACGCACGCAAGAAUGGAUAUCGACCUUUGGCCGUCGCGUCGACAAGCAGUACGGAGCGCUAGCACAACGCUCUCGUCAUUUUGGAUCGCUAGACGGAGUUGUAACCACUGCCACACCAUUGGAGAUCGGAUCUCUGAUCUGCUUUGGCCUCAAGCGUGGCACGCAGCUGCGAUUAAAUUGCUUAUGGAGAAGAACCGCUGUCCAUAGGAGCUUCGCUUCAUCGAGAAAGCAUGCUAUUUCACUCACAUUGAUGGCACUAUGCCGUUCCGCAUGAUUGAUGGUCGACAGGUCAUCGAGUCAUUAGGCCCGCCAACGACUACAUAUUGUCCCACAAGGAUAUCACCUCAUGUUACCCCGACGAGCGCAUAAUCGGCACGUGCGCACGUGCCGAGCAAAGAUUGCCGCCCUUCGGAGCAUGCGCGGGCCACGAGAUGCCGCCGGUAGAAUCUCUACAAGCCGCACAACUGCCACCGCGGAUACAAAGAGCUUAUGUUCAAACGGAAGUCUGACAACGAAGUAGCGAGUCCGCCUGUAAAGCAAGGAAGGCCCUCUUGAUGCCUGGGACCACGCGCGACACUAUUAGCCGAAGAGGACGCGCGCCGCAAGCCACUUUCUAUUGGCCGCCGCGCGCCCGCAAACGCUCGGAACGCGUUUUCGAGGACGUUUGAGCGAUUUUUGGAGCAUGUAG